AUGGUGGAGCCCGAGCCGGCCGGCCUCGGCGACGCCGUGCUGCUGGCGCCGCUCACUGAGGACUCCUUCCUGCACAACCUGCACGUGCGCUACAAGCGCGACAUCAUCUACACAUAUGUUGGCAACGCUCUUGUGUCUGUCAACCCAUGCCGACCCCUGCCAAUCUACUCUACCGAGCUGGUGCGCACCUACCUCGCACGACCGCCUUACUUGUUGCCUCCGCACCUAUAUGCUUUAACGGUGACCGCCUACAGAUGGGUACGGGAUAGAAAUGAAAACCAGUGCAUCGUGAUAACAGGAGAGAGCGGUGCGGGCAAGACGGAGGCGGCGCGCGUGUGCCUGCAGUGCGCGGUGGUGGCGGGCAGCGGCGGGGGAGGAGGCGGGGGCGGGGCGGGCCGCGGCGCCGCGCUGGCAGCCGCCGGCACGCUGCUGGAGGCAUUCGGCAACGCCGCCACCUCGCGCAACCACAACGCUAGCAGAUUCGGAAAACUAUUGGAUAUAGAGUUUGACUUCAAGGGAGAACCAGUGGGUGGACACAUAACACACUAUCUGUUGGAGAAGGAGCGGGUGUGCAGUGUAAUGGAGGGAGAGCGUAAUUUCCACGUACUAUACCAACUGCUAGCCGGCGGCGACGCACACCUUCUCAAGCGCCUGCGGCUGCAGCGUUCGUGGGAGCACUACCGCAUACUGUGCGGUGCGGGGGCCGGGGCGGGUGGCGGAGCGGGCGCGUCCCCGCGGCACGCCGCGCCGCCCGCCGCCGCGCGCGCGCCGCACGCCGACCGGGACCACUUCGCCUUCACCAAGGAUUGUGAUGAAGAUGAUAUGAAAGAGUGGAUCACUUGUGACAGUAAUGAUCAAGGCUUUCAGAUUAUGUCGGAUGACGAAAUCGUAGAAAACAUAUUGCAGAUAAAUGAACAGCAGGAAAUGCAAGAAGAUGAAACAGAAGAAAAUAUAGACAUGGAAAAUGAUGCAUGA